GGGAGCGGUCCUGCUUGGUGAAUCUCGACACGGGUCUAGUUCCAAGUUACCGUUUAAUUCCUCACCGGCAACGCCCGUACAUCUAUCCAAAAUGCGCGAAAUAGUGCAUGUGCAAGCUGGCCAGUGCGGUAAUCAGAUCGGAGCCAAGUUCUGGGAGGUGAUCAGUGAUGAACAUGGCAUCGAUCCAACUGGCACCUACCAUGGAGACAGUGACCUGCAGCUAGACAGGAUCAAUGUAUAUUAUAAUGAGGCCUCAGGUGGGAAAUAUGUCCCUCGUGCCAUUCUGGUGGAUCUGGAGCCGGGCACAAUGGACUCUGUCAGGUCAGGCCCCUUCGGACAGAUCUUCAGGCCAGACAACUUUGUCUUUGGCCAGAGUGGAGCUGGAAACAACUGGGCCAAGGGCCACUACACUGAGGGGGCCGAGCUGGUAGACUCAGUCAUGGAUGUUGUGAGGAAGGAGGCUGAGAGCUGUGACUGCCUGCAGGGCUUCCAGCUCACUCACUCCCUGGGUGGGGGAACGGGCUCUGGCAUGGGCACUCUUCUGAUCAGUAAGAUAAGAGAGGAGUACCCCGACCGCAUCAUGAACACCUUCAGUGUGGUUCCCUCUCCUAAAGUGUCCGACACGGUGGUAGAGCCUUACAACGCCACCCUCUCCGUCCACCAGCUGGUAGAAAACACAGAUGAGACCUUCUGUAUCGACAAUGAGGCCCUCUAUGACAUCUGCUUCCGCACGCUCAAACUGACCACGCCCACCUACGGAGACCUCAACCACCUGGUGUCGGCCACCAUGAGCGGGGUCACCACCUGCCUUCGUUUCCCCGGCCAGCUCAACGCUGACCUCCGCAAACUGGCCGUCAACAUGGUGCCCUUCCCCCGCCUGCACUUCUUCAUGCCCGGCUUUGCCCCCCUCACCAGCAGGGGAAGCCAACAGUACCGUGCCCUGUCCGUGCCCGAGCUCACCCAGCAGAUGUUCGACUCCAAGAACAUGAUGGCAGCCUGCGACCCUCGCCACGGGCGGUACCUCACCGUUGCCGCCGUCUUCCGUGGUCGCAUGUCCAUGAAGGAGGUGGACGAGCAGAUGCUCAAUGUCCAGAACAAGAACAGCAGCUACUUCGUUGAAUGGAUCCCAAACAACGUGAAGACAGCAGUCUGCGACAUCCCACCCCGCGGCCUCAAGAUGGCUGCCACCUUCAUCGGCAACAGCACAGCUAUCCAGGAGCUGUUCAAGCGCAUCUCUGAGCAGUUCACCGCCAUGUUUCGCCGUAAGGCCUUCCUCCACUGGUACACCGGAGAGGGUAUGGAUGAGAUGGAGUUCACCGAGGCGGAGAGCAACAUGAACGACCUGGUAUCUGAGUACCAACAAUACCAGGAUGCCACGGCUGAAGAGGGCGAGUUUGAAGAGGAGGGAGAAGAGGAAGCUGCCUAAACCAUCCAGUCACUCCGCUGCCCAACAGUCUUUCACUCCCCCCUAAAACAUUAUCUCCUCGUCCUGUUAAAAGAGAGUACUUCAGAGUUGAAAUGAUUGUGUUUUUGUAUGUUGUGAAUCUCCUGAUUAAUUUUCAUGCAUUUUAAUAAUGGUCAUGUCAUCACUGCUAUGUGGCAUUAAAAGGAAAGGAUUUUAAUUGAACCAAAUCGGAAAAGGAAUAAAGUUUCAAUCUAA